AUCUUUUGGGAUAUGGCCAGUCUGUCCCAUUGACCUCAGUUCCUGAUCUUUUACACUGACAAACGGUGUAACUAGUAAGUCUUCUUAUCCAAGUACCUUCUGGGUUUAUUUUAGAUCAGGAGAUAUUUAUGUCUCGCAUUGGUUUGAACCCUCCUUGUGGCAAGGAGAAAACAUGUCAGAUCUUCUUCUGGCUGUCUUCUGCGAAAUCCAUAGGGAUGGAAAGAUUUCAGAGCUGUCCGUAUGACUUUGGAUGUAUCUGUCCAUGGCACUGGGUAGAGUAUUACUGAAGCUUGACGAAGACAAGAAAUCUUGGCUUCUUGCUGUAAUGUUCCCUUGGUCCAAUGAAGUUCCUUUUCCCUGGGGACACGUGCCUGCAGGUGCUGCAGAUGGAUGGAUCCUUAGCCUGCAAGGAGUUCUACCUGUAAGUGCUAUUUCUGUGUUCGGGGCCACCAAAUGAGAAUGCCCUGCUGGCCCUUCUAGUGAUGUUCCACAUUUGAAUUUCUUUUCCAACAGGAAAACAAUCCUGUUUUAGGAAUUUUAUCUUAAUUUUCUGAUGUUAUUAAAAUCUUCCUGAGGUUAGAGAAAUUUCAUCUCGUGAAAGAGGAAAGAAAGGUUGGGAUAAAGUGGUCCGUGGAGAUAGAUCUGAAAGGUGGCUCCUCUUCUUGACAUUUCCUCUUGUGCAGCAGAAUUUUUAAUUUAAAAUGUUUUUCCUUCUAAAAUUCAGCAGUCUGUAGUGUCAGGUUGCAGCAUUUCCCACCUUUGCGCUGGCAGGGAGCCUGAAUCAAUCAGGAGAAAAGGUGGAUUGGAAGUUGGGCUCAAACAAAGAGUAAAGGUCUUCACAGCAGGACAUACAUCUAUCUAAGACUUUCAUUUCAGAUAUGUUUUUCAUAGAGCAAAAUUAAUUAGACAGAGACAAAAAGAAACAUUAAAAUGCCUACAAUUCACACAUAUAUUACAUGUUGUAAAAUCCAUUAUUCUACAUUCCACAUCGAGGGAUAAAAAGAAAAUAUUGUUGUCAAUUAUAAAAUGCUAAAGAUAGCUCUAUACUUUUUAAAUGAACAAUGAUAAAAGCCUUGAAAAAUUCCCUUUGAUGUGAAUGGAGUCUUCAGCAUUUUGAAAUACAAUAAGAUGGAUUAAUUGCUACUCAUUAGGCAGCAAGUUGGGACAGCUUUGAAUGCGCAUUCUCUUCUUGGCAUUAGCUAUUGCCUGGCUGAAAUAGCCAGCUUUUGUAUUUACUCCUGUCUUCUCUAAUAAUAAGCAAAUUGGAGAUCAGGGCUAGAAACACUGAAGUGCUCUCUAUCUUUUGUCCAGAACAAUUGUAUAUUUUCGCGAUUUGUUUAUCCUUUUUGAGCUAUAGCUAAUUAUUGCAAAGGUUAUUUGAAUCAAUACAAGAUCUGAGCAGAAUUAACAUCUGCAAAAUUGCUUAUUAGGAUAGUAUUUUAUGCUAGUGUUACUGUACUAUCCAUUUUGUUGCAUAUUGUUUCUUAUGUCAUAUUUUUUUCCUUACAAAAGUUUUGUAUUUUAAAUAUUCGUGCAGGUUUUAGGCUUUCUUGAAUUAAUACUGUGUUCUGUUGUGCUUAAUUUUCUUCAUGCUGUCUUAGUUUUUUUUUGUUUGUUUGUUUGUUUGUUUGUUUUUCCUAAAGUCAUAGACAUAGACAUAGACAACAUGGUAUGCAAAGCCCCAUUUAUCAUUCUAGGAUAACAGGUUUUUGGGUUUUUUUCUCUUGCUGUAGAACUGAUUGAUUGAAUUGUUCUGCUGUUUAUGUUGGAUUAAAAGAAAGUUGAGCACAGAUCCCUUUGUGCUUGUCACGUAGAACACUUGUUUCACGUGGGGCUUUUACGGAUUUUAAGAAUUAUAAUUGAAUGAUACUGGGGUGUUAUUAUCUAAUUUAACUAUGUCUUUUGCAUUCCAAAACUAAUGGGUGAAAAGUAAAAUUCAAGGGCCUGAUUCAUUAAAAGUUGCAUAGUCUCCUUUCAUUAGGUUCUUAGAGCUUACCCUUUCCUAACACAAGGUGUUUGCAGCUGCAGCCCAGAGCAGUCAGCUAAAACAAGAAGCAGAUCCUGUUCUCCAUUAUGGUGAUGGUGUUUUAGGGAUUUGGUGAAACUACUCCAGAUUUUCAUUGAUUGCGCCCUAAAUCCACCUCAAUAACAUCUCCAAUUACCUACUUUUAAUAAGACAGGAAGCAGUAGUGAAAGGGUGCAGCCUGUUACUACAGCGUCAUUCCUAGGCUUCUGCAAUCCCAUCGGAGCCCAUAAAUUAAGUAGGGUCAAGCCAGGGCAGGGCCAGAUGGGACCUAUCCAAGGAAUACCUUAAGCUCUGGUGGGAUUUAGUGAUUCGGUGGGAGAUACUGUCUCCCUGCAGCUCCUGAUGAACCUCACCACAGUACUCUGCAGCACUCUGGGACAGACUUUCAUUUUAUGUACAUCAGUGCAAACCUCCUUGACCAGAAGGAUUUAUUCCAGCUUUACACAGUGGCACACGUGAGUAAAACCAAGCCCUUCUGUCUUGGACAAGAUAGGAAAUCCAAGUCUUAACUCUUUGUGGUCAUUAAAAAUCCCACAACGUUACUGUUUAGAGUAGGGGUGUUAACCCAUUUGUCCUGGCCAAAUUCCAACUGGGGUAAUUACUGUAAUCUGUCUGUUUAAAUUACUCUUGCAGUUUUAAUUGGACAUAUUACUUCUCUUGCCGCCUAAACUGUGAUGUAAUACCAUUGUGUGUUAUUAAUCAGUUAUCAAGUUUCAUCCCAGAAGCAGCACAUUGCAGUGAUAGGUGGAAAGAGUCAUUCCCUGCUGGUUGCAGGCACUCUCUGCUGCAGUACAAAAAAAGCCCAGUCUAUUUGUUUUUUAAAGUCGUAGGCAAACUGAUAUUUCAGUUCAAAUAAGCAGCUUCAAAAUGUGGCUUUUCUAUUUCUUUUUGAAGCCUGUGUAAUACAUGUGCAGCCCACCACCUGGAGCUGGAAGUGCUUUGUGCUAGUAGAAUUCAAGAUCUCUUAGCAUUUGCUUUUGAUUCUGAAUUUGAUUUCUCCCAUAUUUUGAUGUAAGUUACGUUUGCUUUUAGUUAAAAUGGUCUACUGACCAUCAUGGGUUCCUAAACCUCCAAAAGGUGAAACUUCCCAUUGAUGGAUGUUGGCUGAGUGUCUUGAUGCUCAGCAGGGCUGGCAGAUGUGUCGCCAUGGGGAAGUUUUGUGGAGUCCAUGAAACUCCCCAAGAUGAGUCCUCCUGCAAGGGAUGUGUGCUGAGCUAGUACACCUCUCCAUUUUGCUUUUUCUCCAUCCUUCUAACAUGUAAUCAGAGGACUGAAAAGUGGCCACCACCAAAUGCAGCAAUUACUACAAGAAAGGCAUGAAAGAACCUGUAGUAAGAGGUCUCGUGCCAGAGCACCCCUCACACCUUCCUGCACUGUCAGGGGCAGUCAGGGUUGGGCUCAGGUGAGAUGGCUGUGGUUAGAAGGGAAAGCUGCAAGUUGGUGAGGUGGCCAAGUUUAGGUAGCACACAACAACAGAACAGAAGCUGCCCUGCAGAUAUCACAUGAGCUGUGGCAUGGAGAUCCUGAGGGUUAGACAGGUCAGAAGGCAGCAUGCUGGCCUGCCACAGGUGUGAGGGUGCUGGCUACAGCCCCUCCCCUGCCCCUCUGCUGCCAAGGGCUCUUUUCCUCUCCCAGCUCAGGGAGAUGAGUGCAGCAGAUGGAGAUGAGUGCAGCAUAUCCCUUGCACCUCUCCUCUGUUGCACGUGGGGACCUGCUGUAAAUUACCCCCAGAGCGUUGCUGGGUUUUUAGUUUGUUAUUUUUAUUUCCUUUUAAUGAAUCAGUCCCUUGGUUAAAGUAACAUGUUUGUUUAAACCUGGUAUUUAAUGUUGAGCAAAAUGCUCUUCCUUUGUCUCUUAGUAUUUUGUUCAUAUUUUGCUGAAAAUCUGCUAUUCUACACAAGCAUUUUAAUAAACUGUUUGUUGUUGUAUCCAGGUAACAAGUAUGGAUCAGACAGCAAAGGACAAAGCACUCCAGCACAUGGCAGCCAUGUCAUCAGCUCAGAUAGUCUCAGCUACUGCUAUUCACAACAAGCUGGGCCUGCCAGGAAUUCCCCGUCCUACAUUUCCUGGGGCACCUGGGUUUUGGCCUGGCAUGAUUCAAACGGGGCAGCCUGGAUCCUCGCAAGAUGUAAAGCCAUUCGUUCAGCAGGCCUAUCCUAUACAGCCAUCAGUCACAGCUCCCAUUUCAGGAUUUGAGCCUACGUCAGCUCCAGCUCCGUCAGUCCCUGCGUGGCAGGGCCGAUCGAUUGGUACGACCAAGCUCAGGCUGGUGGAGUUUUCAGCUUUCCUUGAACAGCAGAGGGAUCCUGAAUCAUACAAUAAACACCUCUUCGUACACAUUGGACACGCAAACCAUUCUUACAGCGACCCGUUGCUUGAAUCGGUGGACAUUCGUCAGAUUUAUGACAAAUUUCCUGAAAAGAAGGGUGGUCUAAAGGAGCUGUUUGGGAAGGGGCCCCAAAAUGCUUUCUUCCUCGUAAAAUUCUGGGUGAGUAAGACAUGACAUUGAGAGUCUUUCUUGGCAAUGUGGCCUGUGUUUAGUGCUUAGCUUUGGGGUGCUUGUGGAAAUGUCUUCUCUUGUCUAAAAGCAUAGAUAAGCUGUGUAUCCUUCUGGUAGGGUGCUGUCCCAGAGCCACGCUUGCUGGCAGCUCCACAAGUCUGUGUCGAAGAUGACAUGCAGGGGCAGAUACAUGCCUCAGCUGUGCUUGACACAGCUGCUGAGCAGGAGCAAGCAGGUAAUGGAGCACUUGUUUGUAAAUGGGGAACUGCCAUCUAGUGGUCUGAGAACACCAGGGAAGCAGCAAAUAGAGACUGCUUUUACUGUUUCUGAUGUAGAACUCUUGUCAAAUGCACAUAAUACAAGGAUCAGCCCGCACUUAGCAAGUAGGACCAAGAAGGACUUGGAUCAAGAGUGCUUUGGGCUGAUUAUGAGCUUGUGAGAGUUUCAGGGGUUUUUUUAGAAGGUUUUUUGAUUGCUGUACGUCUUUGUACGUCUGCUUUUCCCUUGCUUGCUUGUUAGUGAGCUGUGGGACGCUGCUCCAACAAUCUGCUCAUUGCAAUCAGGAGUGAAAGCAGAAUUUGAAUGGCAAGCUGAGAUGUUGGAAAAUAUCUACUUUUAGUAAAUGUCACUAAUUUACCAGGUCUAAUUUGUUGCAUUUGCAAAACCCCAUGGUGAUAAUGCUAAAGAUUCAUCUGAAAGGAUCACCAAAUCUCAAGAGUAGAGACCUUAUUUAUGCUUACACUUCUUUUUGCACCAAUUUGUUGUUUGUGAUAGGCUCCUCUUCAUACCAGAAUUUCUUUUUUUAAGCCUCAGUGAAAGAGGCACAUUCAGGGACUAAUCACAAGUGGAGAGAUUGUGCUGACAUUAGAAAAGGUUGAUAUGGAACCACUGCUUAUGGUAUUGGUCUUUCUCCGUUGAAGUUUGUCUAUGUGAUCUGAAAUACUCCCCAAUCUGUACCCAAGAUUUCAGCUAUUGCCAAAAGUAUGGGAACUGAGAAUGAGGGAGACUCUUCUCUCAAAUCUGGGUGCAGAAGAGAUAAAUCACUGAGUAGGAGCGGUGCUGCACCACAGAGAAUUGCAUCAAGAAAUUUAUGGAGCUUAAAACUAGAAAUGGGAACUACAGACUGAGUGUUUGAGGGCUGGCUGAGCAAAGAGUCCAGAAACAGGUAGCAGCAGAGAACUGGAAGCUGAAAUACACCAGAAACCAGGAACCUGCAAAAGGCAGGUAAGAGCAUAGAGUCAAAAAGGGAUAAGGAGUGGGAAGUGGGAGCAUUUGUGGUAAGGAGUCUGUGGGGGAAUGUAGGAUGACAGCACACAGCAGAGAUACCGGUGUGAGAGUUGUGAGCAGAACAAGCAUAAGGAUGAAAGAAAUACGGCUGCAGAGAAACAGCAGUUGGAAUUAUGGUCUAUAACCACUAAGUUCAUUUCCUUGCAAAAUUGGGGCUUGAACUGAGGCCCAUCAUCUCACCAAACCGCUUUGCUUAAUAAAAUACUUGCGAAACCCACUGGCACAAUGAACCUCACCCCACUUGCCUGUUCUCAUUUGCGUGAGAACAACCAGCCUGAUCUAGCUGUGGAUGUCCUAUCAUUACAGGGCAGUUGGACUAGAGGGCCUUCAGAGGUUUCUUUCAACUCAAUUGAUUCUAUGAUUGUAAGCCUUAAACUACAUUGGACAUGGAAGCAGCAGAAAUUGGAGCUGGAUUCAUUGAUGUGCAGUAUUUUCUGUUGCUUCUCCAUGUGGAAAUUGAUUUUCAGGAGUCUGAAUGCUCAAAGAUGUAUCUAAAACCAGCGCAGAGCUUUCUUGUAUCAUUAAGGUCAGUGUUGUACUCAUGACGUAGAAGUUUAGUGUACCAGCUUUCUAUGCUUGAUCUCCUACAAGCAUUGCUCAGCUUUAACCCUCUUACCUCAGUUUCACAGCAUCAUAAUGAUGCCAUCCCUUCACCUCAGGUCAUCAUUAAGAAAUCAAACUCACUGGCAUCUAUUUGAAAAAAAUAUAUAUAUAUACCAUUAGGAGAAUUUUAAUAAUUCUAAGUUCAGUUUUGAGUAGUGUGCGAGAGGCAGGGACUUGGGCACACUGAAUAAUGAAAAUAAUGAGAAAUAUUGUAUAGCUGCUCAGUGGGUGAGCGUGCAGUCAUGUAAGUAAAGGCUCCAUGAUGCAGUUCAGCAGUAAGGAUGUGUGAGAAACUUCAAUUCAGCAUUUCCUAACCUUACAGUGUCUUCCAACUUCAUGAUCUUUUAAUACAAUUUUGUGUAAUGUAAUGGUUAAAAAACGCACAGUGCUAACCAUCUUGCUGAGUUAUAUAUUAAAAAUGUGAUGGGAAUACCUUCCUAAGCCAUGGCCUUAAAAUAGGCCAGUGGAUUUUCUUUCUUGUUGGGUGUGCAAAGGCAGAGGGAGGGUGCCAGGGGCAGCAUUCGGGUAUAGCAAGCCUGAUGAUGAAUACUGCUCUAGGAAUAGACUUCACACCAGUGCCGCCACAGCUAGAAAUAUAUAUAUAUAUAGGAAAAAUAGAAGAUGGCUGUGGUGAGUCAUGAGUUAGAUCCUAAACUGUCAACUCACUGUCUUUUACUUAAUUUCUUUCAUGCCAAUGGGACAUUUUU